UGCCCCGGUUGUGUCCGGGUAAGAUGGCGUUGGAAGAGCAGUGCUCGGCACCACCUCGAUGGCAGGCCAUAUCAGUGACACACGUAGAGUUUCCCGAGGGGGAUCUCACGGGAAAACUGCUGGCCUACAUUAGUCUCCUUCCCGUAGCUAUUCUUGUGGGCUUUGUCACACUCAUAGUGUUUAAACGGGAACUGCACACAAUCUCAUUCUUCACUGGAGUGCUCCUAAAUGAAGGAGUGAACUGGCUGCUCAAGCACAUUCUUAGAGAGCCGCGCCCUUGUGCAGGCUCCCACACAACUGUGUAUGCUGAGUACGGCAUGCCUUCGAACCAUUCCCAGCUUAUCUGGUUCUUUGUUGUUUACUUCUUUCUUUUUCUUUAUUUAAGAAUGCAUCAGACAAAUAAUGCUCGAUGUGUGGAUCUGCUGUGGAGGCACGUCUUGUCCAUCAUCCUGCUGGGCCUGGCCUCAUCCGUCUCAUACAGCAGGGUCUAUCUGUUGUAUCACACCUGGAGUCAGGUUUUCUAUGGGGCUGUGGCCGGCAGUACGAUGGCCAUCAUCUGGUUCUUUUUCACACAGGAGGUGUUGACACCUCUGUUCCCCAAAAUUGCUGCAUGGCCCAUAUCAGAGUACUUCCUGGUUCGAGACACAAGUUUGAUUCCCAAUAUCUUAUGGUUUGAGUAUACAGUGACCAGAUCAGAGGCUAGGAACAGACAACGAAAGCUGGGAACAAAACUUCAGUGAUCUGCAGAUCAGCAGCACUGUGAAAACUGAGUCCAGGCCCACACUUAGCACACACAGAUACUUUCAUUCACUAACAUAAACAGAAGCUCAAACGAAAAAAAAAAACACACUGGGGAAUCAUAUUUCGGACUGACUUGGCUGCAAGAAAUGUUGGGCUGAAAGCAUUUACCAGGUGGAGAAAGUUGGUGGCGCCUACAGCCUGGGCUUGUCCGUCCACACGCCUUUCUCUCUUGUACAGCUUGCCCCAAAUGCUCUUCAGUGCAUGCAAGACUGUGCAAGAGGCAUUCUAUUUAAUGAUAGAUUAAUAUAUAUUUUAACUAUAAACGCACGCUGACAGUAGGCAGUUUACUGUAAGAGAUUCAAAAGAGCCGCAAUGGAGGCUUUGAUCAAGUUUCAAACAAAUGAUGGGCGUCAUAAAAGCAUGAAUUUAAUGUUUUUUUGUUUGUUUUUGUUUUUGUUUUCUUUUUUACUUUUUUUGUACUUUUAAUUUGGAUAACAGGUGAGUGAGUGGGGAAGGGUUGUUGGUGACAUCUUUGUUGGUAUUUUGUGGAAUUAACCCUUUUUCAUUGUUAUAUAAUACAAAAUGAACAAUUUCUGAAAUUGGUCAUGAUGUAAUGUAAAUACAAAAAACUGCACUUUGUGAAAUUUGCAAGUUAAAAAAGACUAACACUAGUUAAAUGUUAAGAUCCUCCCCUUCUUUUUCUUCACAAGUCCUUGCUUUGUGUCUUUGACUCAGUCCUAAUAUCUGAUCUGUAGGCACUGUAAAUCUUAACAUACCAUCUGUAACCUUGAUUAUCACGGUUCUAAUUUCUGUUCAAUUUUUUAUUUUAUUUUUUUUGUCUGAGGGUGAUGAGACUGAAUCACAGCUGUGAGUUUGUUAUUCCAGGAGAUACAGUGCUGAUGUGCUGCAAAGUUCUUUUUGUUAUUGCCUCGUACAUAGUAGCAACCUGGGAACAGCGUUCCCGGGAAUGGUUUUAUUUUGAAAAUUCCAUCUCUUAUCUUGUUUUCUGUUUUUGCAGAGAAGUUUUCUUUUCAUCUGCAUUUCCAAAGUAACAUUCCUUAUCAUUUAGUGU